AUGGCACAAAGCUUACGAUUGCACUUUGCAGCCAGACGAAGCAAUACUUACCCGUUGUCAGAAACCUCCGGAGAUGAUUUGGAUAGCAGUGUUCACAUGUGUUUCAAGAGACCAACACGGAUUUCCACAUCCAACGUGGUUCAAAUGAAGCUGACUCCUAGACAGACUGCACUAGCUCCUUUAAUAAAGGAAAACGUUAAGUCCCAGGAAAGAUCAUCUGUUCCUUCAUCUGAAAAUGUUAGUAAAAAGAGCAGCUGUCUACAGAUUUCACUCCAGCCAACAAGGUACAGUGGAUGUCUUCAGUCUAGCAAUGUCUUAACUGAUGGGGAUGAUGUUUCCUUGACUUGUGUCUUAAAGGAAGGCAUUUGCGGCAAUACUGUGGUUGAUAAUGAACUGAACGCUGUGAAUGAUGGUAACUUUUUAAGCAGUUCUGCUGUUUGUAGUGGUAGCCUUAGUAACUUUUCAGCCAGUGAUCAUGGAUCUUACAGUAGCAAUGGUAGUGAUUAUGGGUCAUAUACAAGUAUCACAAGUGGAGGUUCAUAUACUAACAGUGUCAACAGUGACAGCAGUGGUUGUACUUUUCCACCAAGUGAAGAUCCUUUUUUUGGUGGAAACUUAUCUUCUGAGACCACCUCCAAUAGGAGUAUGCCAAACAGGAAUACUACUCCAUGUGAAAUCUUUUCCAGAAGUACAACUGCAGUUCCCUUUGUCCAGGAUGACUUGGAGCACGGAAUAGAGAUUAUGAAGUUGCCAGGGAACAGGAACUCAAAAAUUCCACUGAAACGGUGCUCAUCCUUGGUCAUUUUUCCUAGGAGUCCUUCAAACACCCCGCCAACUUCUCCCAGCACAGGUACUCUGUCAAGCAAAGGAUCCUAUCAAACGUCACACCAAUUUAUUAUUUCUCCUAGUGAGAUUGUGCACAGUGAAGAUGGUACUAGCCCUAAGGGAUUUCUUUCAACAGCUGUCAAUGGACUUCGGUUAUCUAAAACUAUUUGUACUCCUGGAGAAGUAAGAGACGUAAAGCCACUUCACAAGAAGGGCUCAUUACAAAAGAAAAUUGUUAUUUCAAAUAACAGUCCAAAUCAAACUGCCUGUGAAAAGUCACCUGAAGGAUAUUCCUGUAUUUCACUGCAUUUCACCCAACCGAAAACAACUACAUUAGAUGGUGAUUAUAAACCUGAGGUGUCAGAAAUGAAGCUUCAUUCUGAUUCAGAGUAUAUUAAGCUCAUGCAUAGGUCAUCUGCGUGUUUACAAUCCAACAAAAAUAAAGAUUAUCAAAUCAAUAUCAACAGACAGUUGGAAAGACCAAAUUCACAGAUAAACAAAAACCAUGCUAUUUUGCAAAGAAGUAUUUCACUAGGAGGAACCUACCCAAAUGUUUCUUGUUUAUCCAGCCUUCAGCACAGUUGUUCUAAGGGGGGACCAUCUCAAUUACUCAUAAAGUUUGCACCUGGAAAUGAAGGUAAACUUAGUAAUUUAUCAAGCGACAACAUCAGAGAUUUUACAAAUGAACUAUCCAAUUCUUUGAAGCAUUCUCAAAAGACAAGAGAUGAUUUCCUAGGUCAAGUGGAUGUUCCUCUUUAUCCAUUACCGACAGAAAAUCCAAGAAUGGAGCGACCUUAUACAUUUAAGGAUUUUGUUCUUCACCCAAGAAGUCACAAAUCAAGAGUUAAAGGUCAUCUGAGAUUGAAAAUGACUUACUUGCCUAAAACCAGUGGCUCUGAAGAAGACAACACUGAACAGGCUGAGGAAUUAGAGCCUGGCUGGGUUGUUCUGGACCAACCAGAUGCUGCUUGCCAUCUGCAGCAGCAACAAGAACCUUCCCCACUACCUCCAGGAUGGGAAGAGAGGCAGGAUAUCCUUGGAAGGACCUACUAUGUAAACCAUGAAUCUAGAAGAACACAGUGGAAAAGACCAACACCUCAGGACAACCUAACAGAUGCUGAGAAUGGCAACAUUCAAUUGCAAGCCCAACGUGCAUUUACCACCAGGCGGCAAAUAUCCGAGGAAACAGAAAAUGCUGACAACAGAGACUCUUCUGAGAACUGGGAAAUUAUAAGAGAAGAUGAAACCACCAUGUAUAGCAAUCAGGCCUUCCUAUCAUCUCCAUCUCCAAGUAACUUGGAUGUUCAGACUCAUCUUGCAGAAGAAUUGAAUGCCAGACUCACUACUUGUGGAAAUUCAGCCACCAGCCAGCCAAUAUCCAGCUCAAAUCAUUCCACCAGGAGAGGCAGCUUACAAGCCUAUACUUUUGAGGAACAGCCUACACUUCCUGUGCUUUUACCUACUUCAUCUGGAUUACCACCAGGUUGGGAAGAAAAACAAGAUGAAAGAGGAAGGUCAUAUUAUGUAGAUCACAAUUCCAGAACUACUACCUGGACAAAGCCCACUGUGCAGACCAUGAUGGAGACCAGUCAGCUGCCAUCAAGCCCUCAACCACAGGUCCCUCCCAUUGAUUCAGCACAGCAGGUGACCCAACCUUCUGAAAUUGAGCUCAGAUUCCUUCCUAAGGGCUGGGAAGUCCGGCAUGCACCAAAUGGGAGACCUUUCUUCAUUGACCAUAACACCAAAACCACCACCUGGGAAGAUCCAAGAUUGAAAAUUCCAGCUCAUCUGCGAGGCAAGCCAUCGCUUGAACCUUCCAAUGAUCUAGGGCCUUUACCUCCAGGAUGGGAAGAGAGAACUCACACAGACGGAAGAAUCUUCUACAUAAAUCACAAUAUAAAGAGAACACAAUGGGAAGAUCCUCGGUUGCAGAAUGUAGCAAUAACUGGACCAGCAGUGCCCUACUCCAGGGAUUACAAACGAAAAUAUGAGUUCUUCCGCAGAAAGUUGAAGAAGCAGACUGACAUUCCAAACAAAUUUGAAAUGAAACUUCGCCGGGCAACUGUUCUUGAGGAUUCAUACAGGAGAAUUGUGGCUGUCAAGAGAGCAGACUUCCUCAAGGCUAGACUAUGGAUUGAGUUUGAUGGUGAAAAGGGAUUAGAUUAUGGAGGAGUCGCCAGAGAAUGGUUCUUCCUUAUUUCAAAGGAAAUGUUUAACCCUUAUUAUGGGUUGUUUGAAUAUUCCGCUACGGAUAAUUACACCCUACAGAUAAACCCCAACUCUGGAUUGUGUAAUGAAGAUCACCUCUCUUAUUUCAAGUUUAUAGGACGGGUAGCUGGAAUGGCAGUGUAUCAUGGCAAACUGUUGGAUGGUUUUUUCAUCCGGCCAUUUUACAAGAUGAUGCUACAGAAACCAAUAACACUUCAUGACAUGGAAUCGGUGGAUAGUGAAUAUUAUAAUUCACUAAGAUGGAUUCUUGAAAAUGACCCAACAGAACUGGACCUCCGGUUUAUCAUCGAUGAAGAACUUUUUGGACAGACACAUCAACAUGAGUUGAAAAGUGGAGGAUCAGAAAUAGUUGUCAACAAUAAGAAUAAAAGGGAAUAUAUUUAUCUUGUAAUACAAUGGCGAUUUGUAAACCGAAUUCAGAAGCAAAUGGCUGCUUUCAAAGAGGGAUUUUUUGAACUGAUACCACAAGAUCUCAUCAAAAUUUUUGAUGAAAAUGAGCUAGAGCUUCUUAUGUGUGGAUUGGGAGAUGUAGAUGUGAAUGACUGGCAGGAACACACCAAGUAUAAGAAUGGCUACAAUGUAAAUCAUCAAGUCAUACAGUGGUUUUGGAAGGCUGUUUUAAUGAUGGAUUCAGAAAAAAGAAUAAGAUUACUUCAGUUUGUCACUGGCACGUCCCGUGUGCCUAUGAAUGGAUUUGCUGAACUUUAUGGCUCAAAUGGACCACAGUCUUUUACAGUUGAACAGUGGGGUACCCCUGAAAAGCUGCCUAGAGCUCACACCUGUUUCAAUCGCUUGGACUUACCACCUUAUGAAUCAUUUGAAGAAUUAUGGGAUAAACUUCAGAUGGCGAUUGAGAACACUCAGGGUUUUGAUGGGGUUGAUUAG